AUGCCUUCCCGCGAAGAGAUCACAUACUUUGGUGCCGGCCCAGCACUGCUGCCAACAGAAGUCCUGAAAACUGCAGCUGCUUCAUUGGUGGAUUACAACAAUACUGGACUCGGACUGGCAGAACACUCUCAUCGCUCAGAGCUUGCUACCGGAAUUCUCAAUACGACAAAAGACGAUCUAGCGAAAUACCUCGAUGUACCAAACGACUAUGAAAUACUAUUCAUGCAAGGUGGUGGAAGUGGGGAGUUCUCUGCGACUGUUUACAACAUGGUCAAUGUCUGGGUGGAGCGAAGAAAACAGAAGAUCUUGAAGGAGUUGGGCGUAGAGGAAAGCAAAAUACCCGAAAAUGAUCUUGUACAGCAAUUGCAAAAGGCCGUCGAUGAGGAACUCAAAAUUGAUUACGUCGUUACCGGGUCCUGGUCAUUGAAGGCCAGUCAGGAAGCAGCUCGAUUAGUUGGCGCAGAACAUGUCAAUGUGGUUGCAGACGCAAGAAAGAUCAACGAUGGUAAAUUCGGGAAGAUCCCAGAAGAAAGUUCAUGGAAACUUUCCAAAAACCCAGCAAUGGUGUAUUACUGUGAUAACGAAACAGUCGAUGGUGUCGAGUUCCCAGGGUUUCCCAAAAUCUUGGAGCCAAACGGAGAUGACUCUCCACUGGUCGUUGCGGAUAUGUCUUCAAAUAUUCUGUCUCGCCGUAUACCCAUCAAAAACUACUCUCUCAUCUUUUUUGGAGCUCAGAAGAAUCUUGGAAGUACGGGUAUCACGGUUGUUAUUAUCAAGAAGAAUCUUUUGCCGCCAGUUGUCGGCACACCUGCUCCAACCCUUCUACGGAAGCUCGGUUUGCCAAUUGGACCAAUCGUUCUGUCGUACGAGACGAUCGCUAAGAAUAACAGUCUGUACAAUACACUCAGCAUUUUCGAUGUAUACAUUGCUGGCCAAGUACUGAAGAGCUUGCUUGCAACGUUCACCGAUAAAGUCGACGGCCAACAAGCCGUUGCGGAUAAGAAAGCACAACUCAUUUACGCAGCACUUGAUGCCCAUCCAGAAUCUUUCAAAGUUGUUCCAGCUAAAGAUGCUCGUUCAAGGAUGAAUAUAUGCUUCCGAGUCACACAUCUUGAAUCCGUCGACGAGUCGGAGAAGUUGUUUCUAAAAGGAGCUGUAGAGAAAGGUCUUACUGGUCUGAAAGGCCACCGAAGUGUAGGUGGUAUCCGUGCUAGCAACUACAACUCGAUACCUCUUACAGGUGCAGAAAAGCUGGCAGCAUUCAUCGAGGAGUUUGCAAAGACUCCAAAAUAG